AUGAGAACACCUCAUGGAGCGCUCCUCUUGCUCUUCAUUGUGGCGUGCCUCCGCGGUGCUUACUCCGGCGGCGGCUGGAGCCGCUUCACCUCCAUAAUCAGCUUUGGGGACUCCUACGCCGACACGGGUAACAUGAUCAUGUGGGCUGAUCCCGUCCUUCCGGGUCUACUACUCAAGAACCUCCCCUACGGCGAGACCUUCUUCGGCCACCCCACCGGGCGUGCCACCGACGGCCGCCUGGUGCUGGACUUCAUCGCCGAGGCUUUGGGUCUGCCUUCUAUGCCGCUGUAUCUCGCCAGGGGAAGCAACUUCUCCGCCGGAGUGAACUUCGCCGUGGUAGGAGCGCCGGCUCUGAACUUGACGUACCUGCAGGGACUGAACUUGACAGUGAAUCCUCCUAUUAACAGCUCCCUCCACGACCAGCUCGUGUGGUUCCAGAAACUCAAGCCUUCGCUCUGCAAUGGCAGGUGA